UCUUAAAUGGAAGAUAGCUGCGUGCGAUUGGCCCUCUCUGCCAGUGCCCGAUAUGCUUGUUGCAAUAGUCAUCCCAGGACAGAUUCUCAGUCUGUCUGCACUCAUAAGACUUGAUGCAGCAAGGCAAGGCGUGCCGUACUGAGUCGUAGGCUACAUGUGUUAACGGGGAGGGUGUUUUUCUCAAAUAGUUUACAAGAGGGCCGGACUGCACCAUUUGAAAGCCACAGCGUCAGAGCUAUCAUACCCAACAGCUUUUGCUGCUGUUUUCAUUUUUGGCUAUAUUCAGUGUCAUUGACGUCGGCAUCAACUCACACAGGACAGGAGCGAGAUCCGCUAUAGUUCUGAUCAUGGGUGCGACUGAAUCUACGCGGCCGGAGGGUAGCAGCAAGAGCGAGGACGGGGACACUGUGGCGAAUGAGGAAAGUGCGAACAAUGUCCAGGAUGGCGAGAGUAUUGAUGCGAAGUUACUCCAAAAGAAUGGACAGAUCUCCGGACUGAGUGAAAAAGCAGAGGACAAGACUGAGGAGGUCAAUGUCCUGUGUGACGAUGGAGUCGUUGCAGAGGUUGAUGAGGCAAAUUCAUCUAUCGUUUCUCAGAAAGAGGACAUUCCGGAGAUGAUAGAGACUCUCACAGAGGAGGUACCUCCUCUGGAAAACACAGACAGUGAUGACAAGGAAUCACCGGAUGUAGACGACGAAGCAUCAACAAAUGAGACUGAAACAGAAGUUAAAUUGAAUGAAGUCAAUGAUAGUUUUAAAAAGUUCUUCAGUUCAAUUGGUUUAAAAUUCACGUUGAAAAAAGACUCUGACACAAUACCAGAAGUGAGCCCUAUGAAAGAAGAGGGCGAAGCACGUACUCCCGAAGACAGCAAGGAUACAGAGGAGACCACUAUAGAUAAUGCUGAGGAGAAUACUGGGCAGAGCACACCUGAGGAUCUGACUGAUGAUACGAUAAAAGAAUGUGCUGGCCAUACACCAGAGCUUGUAGAUGAUACAAUAGAAGCAAAUAUUGACGAAGCACCGAACAACGUUGUUGCUGAUUCACCAGUGGAACCGGCUGAUGAUUCUACCUCUCACCCUACGAUGACGGACCUCACAUUUGAAGAGUUCCAUAAUGAAACCACCAAGGAACAGACCACUGAAAUGAUAGAAUCAAAGGAGGAAAUAACACCUGAAGAAGUGGCACAGGCAGAGGGAGAGGCCCCACCCACACCCAUUCCUAUAGUUGAGGAAAUGUCUCCAUUUAAACGUUUUUUCCUGACAGGAAAAAUACACAAGCAGGUCAAGCAACCCAUGAAACAAUCCAAGGAGGAACCUAAGGAGGAAGUCAUGGAAGAAGUCAAGGAAGAACCCAAGGAAGAAGUCAAUGAGGAACCCAAGGAAGAAGUCAAGGAAGAACCCAAGACAGAACCCAAGGAAGAAGUCAAUGAGGAACCCAAGGAAGAAGUCAAGGAAGAACCCAUGACAGAAACCAAGGAAGAAGUCGAUGAGGAACCCAAGGACGAAGUCAAGGAGGAAGUCAUCCCUACUGAAGAGACAGAUACACCAGCACCAACCAUUCCGGAUGUUGAAGAAGAAAUUAUAUCCCCGAUUAAGAAGUUUUUCACCACGGGAAUCUUCGCUGGUUUAAAGAAAAAGAAAACACAUUUAGGAGAGGAAACGCCCAAAGACGAAACUGUUGAGAAAGAACACGAACUGCAAAGCAUUGACAAACAGGAGUAUGUAAACACACCAGAGGAAGCUGGUCUUGAGCAAGAACAAACAAAAGACGAGAUCAGUCCAGAUGUUGAGACAAUACCGGUCAUUGAGGGGAAACAAAAUGAGAAUGAAGUUCAAGAGACAGGAACAGAUUCCCUGAUGGCUGAGACAUCCAAUGUCCCUGAACUGAUGGUGAGUAAUGUCCCUAAAACUAGUGACAACAGAGAGGAUGUCCUUGAAGAACAGCAAGCUACUGAGGAAUUACAGACAAUUAUCUCAAAUAGAGCUGAACUUCUUAGCUUUCAAGAGGAAGCUACAAGUCAAGGAAGUUCAGUCCAGGAUAUUCUUGAAGAGCAAUCUCCUUCUUUGGGAUUAUUAACCGUUUUAACAAAUGAAGCUGAAACAAAUGAAGACAAACUUAGCUCUCACGAGAAAGCUAAAAGCCAGGAAAGUCUUGAAGGACAGUUUCAUUCAUGGGGAUUCGUCACAGUUACAGAACAUGUUCCUGAAGAGGAGCCAGCUCCUGAGGUAUUACUGACAGUUACCUCAAAUGAAGCUGAAACAAAUGAAGCCAAACAUCUUGACUCGCAAGAGAAAGCUAAAAGCCAAGGAAGUCCCGUCCAAGAAGAGCAGUCUCCUUCUUUGGAAUUCCACACAGUUAUCUCAAAUGAAGCUGAACUUCUUAGCUCACAAGAGAAAGCUAAAAACCAAGGAAGUCCACUCAGGAAGCUCUUAUAUGGGGCUGGUUUGAAGAAGCUUUCUAGGAAGCGGAGAGGCAAGAAAUCAGAUGAGUUGACCAGGUCUGGUGAGCAUGUCACUGAGGAUUUACUGUCAUCCACAGAGUCAGAGGAGUAUCAGAGAGGAGAACAUCCUGCCUCUUCAACAGAAGAAUUAGCAGCAGAGCAGGUAAAAAUGUCUGCUCUGUUAGGGUCAAGCCACGAAUCAGAUAGUGAUGUAACCUCUGACGGUGAAAGGAAAAAGGAUGGCACCUGGACUUCUUUCAAAAAGCUAAUGACGCCCACAAGAUGUCCCAAAAGAUCUUCUGAGAGUGAGGAUGAGUUAGCACAUGAGGAGCCAAAACAAAUUGAAGGAGAGCAGGUACUAGAACGUUUCACAGAAGAGACCAAAAAGAAAGUAGAAAUAUCUGUUUCUUGGGAGGCCCUCCUAUGUGGAUCUGCAAAGAGGAGGGGAAGAAAAACAUCUGACUCAGAAGAGGAAGCACCCAUGAAUGAAGGUGAAACACUAAGUGAACCUGGAAACACUGUAGAGUCUCCACUGGACAGUUCUCAGGAGGGAGGUUAUGAACAUUUGACCUCUUCCCCUGAAGAGGCUGUAAGUCCCUUAGGGAGUGAAGGGGGGUCAACAUGGAAAUCCCUUAAAAAACUGGUCACCUCAAAUAGGAAGGCAAAAACCGAGGAGGCCAGCAAAGUUAGCUCACCAGAGCAGGUGGCAUCUGACAGCGAAAUCACCAAAGAGGAGUCUUCAUUUUCUCUAAAGAAACUCAUCCCUGGACGCAAAAAGCAAAAGCAUGGAGGAAAGCAGGAACCAAUAUCUUCUGACGAGGCAGAUAAAGGUGUUGGAUCGGAUGAUGAGGAGGACUCUGAAACACCAGCAGUGGUCCCCAUGUCCGAGUUUGAUGCAGAAGACCUAGGAGAGAAACACAUAAUAUUAACUGAGGCUGUUAUUGAAACUCCAUUACACAUUACAGAAGAAAUAACCCACCCAGAUGUCUCUAGGCUGGUCACCGAAUCGGCCAUACCCAAAGACACCCUGCCCACUGAAGCAGAGAAGGCUCAAGCCAAAGAUACUGUGGAGCAGUUGGCCCCAUCAACAUCCCCCACUGCUACAAAAGACUUCGAGGACCUUACGGAAUUCAUAAGUAAACAUCAGCAACUCAGUGAUAUACCUGAGGAAGGCGUAAUAGAGGAGACCAUUGCCACACAAGUGUCCACUGCUGAAGAAGCCACUCGAGACGAUACCAUAGCCGAGGACCUAAUCGAGUUGACAUCUGAAGCAGUCACUGCCCCAGAACCUCUAGAUGAUGAAUCAACAGAAAUGGUUUCAGCAGUGUCACAGCUGACAGAGGAGUCUCCCAAAACAUCAGGCAACACAACGCCUGUGCCUGCAGAAUACGAGUUGAAAGACACAGAGGUACUUCUGCAUGAGGCUGUUGAAACCAUUAACAGAACCCCAACUCUCUCAUCGGUAAUUACAAAAGACCCGCACUUGGAAGCAGUUACCGUUUCAGUUUCUCCACAAAUAUUACAGACACCAAAAGAGACGGAAGCAACAGUUUUGAGAGCUCAUGAAAAAUCAGACGCAGUUACAAUCUGCACAGGUGAAGAGUCGCAACAAAUAGAUGCUGUUGAUGAAAGCCCAGUGACUCAUGUGGUGGAGUGUCCAUUAGAAGUCAGAAAGGUAGUACCCACAGAGUUGGCACCUGAGGAAACUGAAGAGUCUGGUGCUGCAAGAAUCACUACAGAUGAGGUACACAAAACUGAAGAUGAAUCAAUUCCAAUUAUGCAUAUAGAAAUUGAAAAGGACCAACAAACAGAAUUGGUAAACGAGUUAGAAGAGGUAAGACCAGUACUUGUAGCCACUGUUAAUUCAGAAGAGGGUGUAGCUCAGGUUGAAGGAAAGGCCAUAGCAGAAGACACUCCACAGCCUGAUACAGAGUGCCUGGAAGUGUCGGUUACAGACAAACUUGUUUUCACACAGGCUCUCACGGAGAUCACUCUUAAAGAAGAAAAAGAGGAAUUCAUGGAUGUUUCGGAGGAUUCUGCAGACAUGGAGAAUGCACCAGUUGCAGAAACAAUCACAUGUGAUGUUCAAGAUGUCGCUACUGCAAUGCCUGACGUUCUGAAGUUAGAAUCAUCAAAUGUUUUGGAAUCUUUGAUUGGCAUAGUGGCACCUGAAGUAGAAUCCCCAGAGAAAAUGGAUCGUGUGGGUGCUCUAAGCCCACUUGUAGACUCUUCUAUGGUUCAGACACUAAAGAAAGGGGACAUGGUUGUGAGGAAGAAUGUGCCAUCAGCACAGUUUGUUGAUGGUCUUGAGAUCCGAGUACAAGUGACGGAUGCAGAGAUAAAGUCAGCUGAAGAAACUAUUGAAACAGUGCUUGAAGUUAGCUCAACUGAUGUCAACGAUCACGAGACUCUAGUACAACAGGUGAACGCUGAGAUUGAAUCAGCUGAAGCAAAUGUUGAUGCAGUUUUUGAGGUAGUCUCAACUGAAGUCAAUCAUCACGAGACUCUAGUACAACAGGUGAACACUGAGAUUGAAUCAGCUGAAGCACAUGUUGAGACAACCCUUGAGUUGGGCUCAACUGAUGAUCACGAGAUCACAGUACAAGUGGCGGAUGCAGAGAUAAAGUCUGCUCAAGUAAUUAUUGAGAAUGUGCUUGAAGUUGGCUUAACUGAUGUCACUGAUCAUGAGAUCAAAGUACAAGAGAUGGAUGUAGUGAUUGAAUCAUGCGAAGCAAUUGUUGAUGCAGUUUUUGUGGUCUUAACUGAUGUCAAGGGUCAUGAGAUCCAAGUGCAAGUGACGGAUGCAAAUGCUGAGAUUGGGACAGCUGAAGCGAUUCUGGAGACAGCACUUGAGGUGGUUUCUUCAACCGAUGUUAUGGAAGUCAUAGACAUUUGUGACAAAAUGGAGGACAAAGGAGAGGGUGAGAAUGCCAUUGAGAAUAUUAGAGAGGCCAUGUUUGAAGAGGAAAGCAGUAUUAUAACUCAAGAAAUACUCCAACAUGUACAGCAGAACUUCUCAGAAGCUGACUCCAAUGUUGUACCACAAUCAAAUGAAAAGGCUGAAAUGGAAUUAACGAGUGAAGCCGAAGUUUCUAAAUCACCAGAGGGUAUACCAGUGGUGGCAGUUACAGAUGCUCAAGGAUGUACAGGUGUAGCUGCACAGGUGCAAAAUAAAAUUCACUUGUUUGAAAACUACGUAGAACUUAAUACUCAGGGAAAUGCGCACAAACCUUCAGACAAAGAAACUGAGCCCUCAAUUUCUCUCAAAGUUGAUACAGUAUGUGAGGAUAGAACAACUCCGGAGACAUUUGCAGAGUCUACUUUCGAGGUUGACAAAGAUGACAUAGUUCCCAAUACAUUUGUAGAGUCCUGUUUGCAGUCAAAUAUGCAAGAAGUUUAUGCAACGGAGGCUGAAUUUAUUAUUGCGUCCGAAGUAGAUUCAGACUCUACCAGUGGGCAUGAGAAAGAACUGGUUGGAAUGGUAGUACAAUCAGCAAAGGAAUCAGUUGAAUCAUUUGAAAAGAGAUUAUCUAUUGAAUCCCAUGUCCAUAUCCAUCUUCACAUUGAACCCAGAGACGCUGGAGUGGUGUCUGCGGGAUUGGAUUCACCACCACUUGCUAUUUGGCCACCUCCAAGUACUAGUGCAGUGAACACUGAUAUCUGUCUGAAAGAAUCAAUAGAAAUUUUAAGUACUACUGGAAAAAGUGCUGUGAAUACUGACUGUGUUCCAACAGAAUCAAUGGAAUGUACUCAACUUUGUGAAGUCAGUCAAAUUGAGCAAACAGAUGACACUGCACCUCCUGUGCCACUGCAUACCCCUCCAGUGCCACUGCAUACGACUCCAGCACCACUGCAUAUCCCUCCAGCACCACUGCUUGCGACUCCAGCACCACUGCAUACCCGAACUGAACUAGUGGUGUGCUCCUCAAACCCUGAAGCAGAACAGGUAAUGAUGAAUGCAGAAGAGUCUAUCCUACACACAGAGGACGAGAAUGACCAAGAAGUGUGGCUCGAUGCUGAGGAAGAUUUUGGCACAGUAAAAUCCCAUGUCUUAGAAGUUCUGAGCAACACAAUAGGUGGAGGAGUAGAGGAGACGCUGCAGAUCAGUGAAGAGGUCUUUGAUAUUGCACUCGAGCCUCAGAGCUUUCAAUCUAUAAGUGAAAACAAAUAAGACUUCAGCCAUUCCAACAAACGGAUGUAUUAUGAACUGCUGAAAGAGUGCUGGACUACCAAGGAACCCCUGAAAGAGAAGGUAGAAGUCCAUACACGAAUGAUGACCCCCCACAACGGAGGUAAAGCUGCAUCCAUCCUGACUUCCAUUACCAAGCACACCUUUGCAUCUAGAGACCUUCUUCAGCUCUUUGAAUACAUUCACUUUAGUUGCAAUGCUAUUAUAUCGGUAUGUCUGUUAAGUACUUGUACCUCUUUGAAUACAAUUCUUGUUCCUUUUUAUGUCACAUUAUCGGAAGUUGGAGGUAUGAUAAUGUAUUUAUUAUUUAUGUUUGAAUUAAGACAAUUUGUCCUUCCCUUUGCAUCAGAUAAGUUUAUUUUACACAGCGUAUCUGAGUUUAAUUUUCUUUACUCAAAUUGUAAUUUGUGGAUUGAACAGUAGUCUAACAUUUAUUUGUAUAAACAUAUAAUACCGUCACAUUACAUUCAACACAGAACAUAUUUACCCACUGCUCACCAAAAGAAUGCAAAGACAAACUGUGAUUAGAUACACAGGUAUGUAGAUUUGUUCGGGAUCUUUCUGUGUUUUAUCAGUCUUCUGCCAGACAAUAAAUGUUUGCUCAAAUCAGCACAUGCCGGUAAUAUAACAUUUGCUCAGAGAUGUAUAGUGACUAGAAUUUUUAUCACAUUGCAUUUGCAUGAAUGAGAUCAUUCCUCAAAACAUUGCCAUUGAUCUUCAUCAUCUUAUGGAAUUAUAUAGUUGAAUUACUAUAUGCAAAGUUUGCAAACUAUGCACUGUAAUGGUUAGUUGACACAGACCAAAAUACUGAUACAAAACGCAUAUUUUAUCACUAGUUGCAUCUGAAAGACAAAACUAUAUUUGUGUAUUAAUUUCUUUGCCUGUGAACAUAUAUGUAAAGCUAUUUUGUUAACAAGUCACACAAACUGGCUUUGUUUGUCUAUAACUACAAAUAUAUUUGGUAAGUUUAAUUUCAGAUUUGAAAACUAUGGCAGAACAUAGCCUUAUUGAAUGCUUAAUGCAAUGUCAUGAUGGCAGCUUGUUUUUAUCCUUGCAAUAGUUUCAAUGUGUGUGUAUGUGUAUUGUUUUUCUCUUUACUUCUUGUAACAAAUGAUGUAAACCUGAUAACCUUUGUAGAAAUUAUAUAUUCCAGUUAAUGUAAUAUUAACUAAUAUCUAAAUGCAAAACAUAAGAGUUGCAUGAACAUUUUUAUAUUUCAAAGCUGUUAAUAAAAUAAAAUGCUAAUCUUUUUAUUACGAUGUUAAA